CAUGUCAGUGACACUGCAGACCGCUGCUCGGGAUGUUAACCUUAUUUUGUUUUUCAAAGUUGUUAGUGGAGAAAAAAAUAGCUGUUUUUAACUGAUCUGUUUGUCUCGUCCCGCUGUGUUUUCGUCCUGUGCUGUUUUUUCAGUUCACAGAGAUCUUUAGACCGAGAAAUAAGACAUGUCAACAGCUCCACCACCGGCACCACCCCCUCCUCCCCCCUGUACAAACCAACCUUGUAGGAGCAGUCCCACACCGUGCCCUGGAUAUGCUGCAAUACCAUUUUUUUCUAAAGAGAGACCUCCAGUCCAAGAGACGAGUCCUUCACCAGAGACUGUUAAUGACGCAGAGGAUGCACCUUGUACACCACCGCUUCCAGUGGAAAAUGGACCCCAGUUUCCAUCAUCAGAAGGACAAGAAGACAAUCCUGAUAGUGAAGAGAACCUUGUUCCAAAGCAGGAAACUGAUCCUGCCCCACAGACACUCAGUGGCCCACAGCUGACGGAGCAGCGAGAUGAAGCAGUCGCUCAGAUGGACCAGGCUGCAGACGACCAAUCGCCCUGACGCACUUUAUUUACUUAAAACCAACAUCUACAUUUCCCAGCACUUGAAAAUGCUGUUCCUAAUGGCGCUGACACACUGUAACAGGGUACAGUCGAGUGAGCACAUCGCUUCAUGUUCAGGCCAAAGAUGCUUGAAUAUGUUAUUAGCUGAACUGAUCAUAUAGAGUUUGCUUUUUUCGUACAUAUUACAGCCACUGAGUUUAUUGUGCCUUUGAAAAACGCUGAACCAAACAUCUUAAAAACAGAUAUUUUGGUAACAUAGUCAUAAAAAUCUGAAAUAAGCUCCCAAAAUGCUAAACUAUAAGGACUUGGUAUGACACAUUGAGUAUAUUUUGUUGCCACUAUUUAUUAUUUAAAUUAUUUAAAGGAAAAGGAUCAAGCUUGUUGAGAGCUUAGGGACCUAAAGACCAGAUAUCUCAACCCCUGCAUCUUGAAUUUCAAUAUGUAAUCUGUCUCUUUUGACUUUCCUAAUUUUAUGGAAUUAUGUGCAAUACUAAAUCACUGGAGUACCCCUUUAUUUACAGUAUAUUCUCUAAGAUUGGAGGAUGUAUAUUGAAUGUACACUUCCACUGCUUUUUAAAAAGAUCUCAUUUUAUUGUGUUUAAAUGCACAUUUCGGCCAAAUGUAGUUUUUGUCACUUUCCAUAAAUUUAAGUCAGAUCUGCUUUGAACAUGAUGUGAUGUCUUUAGUUUUGCAGGUAUUUGGUCAUAAACCAAAGUAUUGGACUAAUUUAAAUGUUAACGGGAUGAUGGUGCAAGAUGAGAAGUCAGGGGAUCACCAUAGUUAUUACAAUUCAUCCGGUGGGAACAAAUGAAUCUGCACCAUAUCUCAGCAAUCCAUCCAAUAGUUGCGACAGUUCCCUCAAAACCAAGAAUGUGAACCUGACAGUGACGUUAGAGGAACAGUUAUUACAAAAACAGGUUUUGGCUUUUCCUUUAGCCUAAGUCCUAUCCGUUUUCCCAUGAGACAAGAAGGCAGAUUUCAGUGUCAGACUCACACCCUUAAUAAUCCAAUGAGAUGGUUGACUGGAAUUGUUGCCGAUUUUAUUACAAAUAAAAGAAAAUACAAACAAAAGGAUGCAAUGGUAUGCAAAAGAUAAAGUUUAGUAAAUAGCACACUGCAAGGCAAUAUUCAGCACAGGUGAGCAGCGUAUCCUGCUGCCUGCCUUCCUACAGUCAUGCGCAAUAGGCAUCCAUUGACCCGGUGGUGGUGGCACCAUUCACCACCUAUAGAGGACGCAAUCUCACAAAAUGCAGAA